UUAGUGUGCGUCGGCUCCACACAGCCGCUUUACACUCGCCGGGCCUCAAGCUCUCGAGCUACACACCACUACACCUCACAAUGGCAGAGGAUUCGCAUCAGGAUCAGGAUUAUAUUAUUUUAACUAUUGGAGAUAGCUACGAUAACAUUGAUGAUGAGGAUGCUGUGACAAAAGAGGAUUCUGAAACAGAGAAUUCUGAGAAUCCUAAUGAUUCUGAUGAUGCACUGAUGAUACAAUCAAACUUUGGAAGCGGCAGUGCGAACUUUCAGCAACUAUUCGGCAUGACAUAUGGAGUUGAAGGUGCAGAAGUCCACCCUGAUCAACUAGUUUCACAAAUGAACCAUCCAACACACUUAAAAAGAUACAGGUCUGAGCCAACAGAACAGGAUUUUUGCUCAUCAAACAAAAAAAGACUAUCAUCUCCUCCAAGACAGUAUAAUAUGGAAAGAAAUGUGUUUGAAAAAUUCUAUGAUGAAUAUCACCGAAACCAACUUAGAGCAUUUCAACAAUGUUUUCAGGGCUUACAAGAUCUUAUGGAACAAACGAAUAGGCAGGUUGCCAAGCUGAAUGGAAUCUUUUCAGCAAUGCAACAGUUUUGGGAGAGAUCACUGAUACCACAAUGCCCUUCUGUAGCAGCAUCUACAGAAGUUCCACCACCAGGAUACCCUAGUGUGGCCAAUAGCCCUGAUAGGGUGAAUUACUCGGACAUUCUAAGAAAUGGGAGCAUGAGCCCAGAAACUACCUUGCCGUCGUCUGUCUUCAUCCUUUCCCAUUUUGAUAUGCCAGGAAUAGCAGAAGCUAGCUUGGAAAAUAACCCUGAGACAAGGGAUUACCCACCUGUAAUGGAUAAUGACAAUAGCCAGCAUCUUUUGUCUUCGUCUGCCAACUCCUCAUCUGAUUCUGAUAAAAAAUUUAUACUGAUAGAAAUGCCAGCAAAUAUGGAAAACAGCUCAGAAGACAGUCCUGAGAUAGAGAGUCACCCAUCUUCGUUGGAAAAUGACAGAGAUCAAAGUCCUUCAUCUUCAUUUUACUUCAUUUGCACCAAUUGUGGAAUGUUGAGUAAACAAGAAACUGGCCUUGAAAGGAGCCCUCAGACAACGAACAACUUACCUUUCGUGGAAUAUGAGAGUGAUAUAUCUCCCUAUUCAUCUAUGUCUAAAACAUCAGUAAAAACAGGAACCAAUAUGGAAAACAACUGUGGCCUGAAGAAUUGCCCAAACUUACUGAGAAAUUAUGGUGGUCAGCAUCAUUCCUCAUCAUCUGUUUCUCGUUGUUUUCAUUUUGGAUAUUUUGGAAAUCCAUCCAGGCAUAUAAAGAUACCAAAUUCAGUAAUAGAUAUAGCAAAAUCCAAGCGUUGCCCAGAGGAGUCAGCCAAAUACCUCCUCCACCACCUGUUCACAGAAGAUGUCCUGAUAAGAAGUAACGUCUAUGGCAGUUUAGAGCAAGGCCUGUGUGCCCUUGACUCCAAUAGGAUUAAUGCCAUCCGAGAAUUUCUCCAAGACAACUUCUCUGCUUAUGAUCUAGAAGAAACUGGAUGCGACUGGCAAUUGUGUGUGAUCGCCAUCAACAGCUAUCUCCAUAGUUUUAGAUCUGACUUUGAGGACUCUAGGGUCAAAGUACAGAAGCGGCUUUCAUCAGUGAAUCCUUCAACAUAGCCAGAGCCAAGAGAGAAUGAUGAAACCGACUCAAACAUUUGAAUGUCAGCCAUCCCACUUUCUUAAAAUGUUAGAUUGUCUGUAAGCCUCUCAGUUAUAAUUCCAAAACAAACCUGAAGAAAUAGCCAAAGCUCUUUUUUUCUGCCUGCAAAGGGAGACAGAAUUGCAGUAGGAAGAUAUGUAAUGGUUUUGUCUUUGAACGAAAUGAUGGGUAGGAUGCUGCUAUGAACCUCUGAUUGAGGGAAUAGUAGCAAACUCAACAGUUGUUAUUGUUGCUAUUUGAAUGUAGAGUAACACAUUUAGCAUUUAGUGAUAGGUGAAAUCUGAGUGUCAGUGAAGCACAGGUAGAUAGACAGAGAGCUGUGGUUGGAAGCACAAACCACAAUACCAAGCAUAGUAACUUGCAUGUAAUAGACACUCUGUAUUUAUCAAAUAAAUUGAAACAACACAGUUUAGAUAUAAACUGGUGAUUUAGAAGGGAGGUGUGAUUUACAUACGUCCAACAUACCCACUCUCACUUUCUUAUACAUUCUUUAGAAUCUUAGGAUUGAUAUAACGUUUGUCUGACCUAAGCCUUCCAGACACAAGACUUAAUGUUCUUUUGAUUUACUCCUGAUAAGAACAGUAUUCUUUUAACUACUCAUGAUAACAUUUUAUCAUAGACGUUUUCUCAGGCUGAACCCAUAAAAUUAUAUCAGGAGAUGUUUUGAUACCUUUUAAGUAGUUUUAAGUUUAAAGACUAUGUCACUGUGAAUAAUAAGAAUCUGACCAAAUGCAGACACUAACCUUAUUCUUGGUUUCCAAAGUGUCUGGGUGAAGGUUUUAAUAUUUUGUAUAUUUUCAGAUAGAUUUUACUAGUCAAGAAUGCAUACAAAUUUAUAUCCCACAAUAUUUAAAUGAAAGAAAAUAGUCAGAAAUUUAAUGAGAUGAAAAUAGUUUUAAAGGAUAUUGGCAGAAUUAUUAGAGUUUUAAAAAAUCUAUUUUACUCAUGAGUAGGAUUUUAUUUUUAACCUAAGCCCCUAAUUUUAAAGAAAAUUCUUCAAUGUUUUAUCCAAAGGAAAUAAGUACAAUUUCAUCAUUUGUGUAAGAAACAUUUUGUGAGCUAUAAUACCCUCUUUCAGCUUUCAACCUGUCAAACAGUCCUCAUUCACUUAAUGCAAAUUUUAAUUAUUAAGCAAGUUUUUCCCUUGUAUAAGUUACUUUGGCCAUUUUCUUGUGACUCAUAGGUUUGUCUUAGAUAAUUGACCUUAACUAAUUUCAGUUUUGGGAUAAGGUAAAUUCAACAGAAAGUAAUGUCAGCCAGUCAGUUACUACAAUUUACAUGAAAAUUGACAAGUCGUCUUAUUUUUGUGAUCUGUGAAAUAGUUUAAGAUGUUUUUGUACAACUACUUUAUUGAAUGCAUAUUUUUAUAUGAAAUGUCUUGGGAAAGUUAAGUUCAACUUUUAGAAUAUUUCAGUGAAAUUUAGUACAGUUUUAUAAAGAUUAGACAUGAAAGAUUGGUUUUGGAGACCUGAGAGUGUACCUAGGCAGUAGAGCACAUGUUUAACAUGCUUGAGGCCUUGGGUUCAAUCCCAGGAGCAAAAAAGAAAUUUUAAAAUUUAUUUUUUAUUUGUUGAUAAGAUUUCUCACUGUGUAGCCCAGGCUGGCCUUCAAUUCAUGAGCCACUGCCUCAGCCUCCUGAAUCCUGGAAUUACAGGUAUGCACUACCAUGCCUGAACAGAAUUUAGUUUUCAGUACUCUGUUGUCUAAAUAAAUAAUUUGCUAUAGUAGUUGCCUUUAUAGUUUUUCUACAUAUAAUGUUUAUAUAUUUAGGCUAGGCCUACAAAGGUUUUAAGUCUGAUGGGGUUUUUUUGUUGGUUUUUUUUUGGUACCGGGGAUCGAACUCGGGUCCUUGCACUUGUGCAGUAGGCGGCGAAACCAGUGAGCUAAAUCGCCGCCCCAAAGGUUUUAAAAAGUAGAUAAUUUUUAAAAUCUUCAUAUAAAACUUUUUCUCCCAUAAGGGGCAAAAGAGUUUUGUACAGAGUUAGAUUCAUCUAAGUCUUUACCUUCACCAUUCAGUUUCAUAAAUAAUUGUACAAAUUACUAGUAAUAGAGCUAAUACAUAAAAGUAAUCCACAUUAUAAACACAUCAUAUUAUGCCCCCAAAAUAUAUGCAGUUAUUAUGUCAGUUAAAAAUAAAAUUAUAAAAGUAAGACUAUAUAAUUGGCAAGAAUAAAGUUCAACUUGUAUAUGUAGAAUUCAAGUUAGAUUUGCAUUUUCUGAUCUCUAAAAUAUUCCUUGGACUGGAAGCAGAACUACAAAAAACUAUAUUUGCAAACAUAUUUCAGUACUUAUAAGGUUUAUGCUUUAUGGUGAUUGCAUAUAUAAGAGCAGCCUUAUCUUAAUAGAACUUUCCAUAACAAUGGAAACAUAAACAUAACAAAUUUGAAAAAUAAAUUUAUAUUGUCCAAUGUGGUAGUCACUGGGCACAUGUAGUUUUUGAGCACGUGAGAUGUGGCUAAUUAGAUGAAGUAAAUUUAAGGUUUUAUCUCAUUUUAGCUAAUUAAAAUUUAGAAUUAAAUAAUAGGUAGAUAGUGGCUACUGUGUUGGAUGACAGUUUUUUUAAUUUUUUUAUUUUUUUUCAGUGCUGGGGAUCUAACACAGGGCUUUGUGCAUGCUAGGGAAGUGCUCUACUACUAAGCUACAGCCCUAGUUCCAGCAGUGUCUUUUAUUUUAAAAACGUGUGCAAAACAGUUCCCAUGGCUUAAUAGUAAUACAGACAUUUGAGCAAAAUAGAUUUUAUAAAGAUAUUUCACAUUUUAUUUUAAACUAAAUUCCUGUCUUCAAAAUGCUUCAGCUUAAUCUUUUUAUUGUAUU